AUGCACAACAAACUUAUUGUGCCUGUGGCCUUGGGCCUAUCACUGGUGACAGUGAGUGCGUUUGUAGUGUAUUAUGUAUUUAAAAAAGAUGAGGAAGAGGAAGAAGUAAAGAAAGUAAAAACUGCAAGAAUAAAUAUGAUUGAAGUAGCUGUGCCUAAAGCUAUUGUCGCUGGCUUGAUAGGUCGCGGCGGCAGUAACAUCAAGGACAUUGAGAAGAUUUCAGGAGCUAAAGUGAACGUCAAGGAGUUUAGCGAUAAGGACCACGAUAUCUGUGUGAUUAGAGGCCGGACCGACGCCACGCAGAUUGCUGAAACUCUCAUCCAUGAAUUCAUAAACCAACAGCCUUUGAAUGUCGAAGAUACGAUGGAAGUACCUUCGUGGGCUUGUGGCAGGAUCAUUGGAUCUCAGGGCGAGAACAUAAACAGCAUAAGCCACCGCAGCGGAGCCCGCAUUAAGAUCUCCUCGAACGGUGACAAGACAACUAUACGGAAAGUUACGUUCUUGGGCACAGAGGAGCAGAUCAGAGUUGCUAAAGACCUCAUUGAGAACUGCGUCGCCCAAGAGAAAUGUCGCCGGGAAAUCGAGCAAUCGAAACGUAGUCCGCGCCAUGUACAGUCGUCAUCCAAAUCACCAUCACCAACGCCCUCUGCGAACGCGAACGAAAACAACGAUGAUGCGUCAGAGAACAGGGGUGCUCCGAUAGAGGUGUAUGUGUCAGCCGUGUCGUCUCCGUCUCGGUUCUGGGUGCAAUUUGUCGGACCUCAGGUGACGCAACUAGACUUGCUCGUCGAGGAAAUGACGGAGUAUUACGGCAAAAAGGAGAAUCGCGAGAAUCAUGCUUUGUCGCACGUGUCGGUGGGGCAGGUGGUGGCGGCCGUGUUCCGCCACGACGGGCGCUGGUACCGCGCGCGCGUGCACGACGUGCGACCCAACGAGUACGACGCCACGCAACAGGUCGCUGACGUAUUCUUCUUGGACUACGGAGACAGCGAGUACGUGUCAAUAUACGAGCUCUGUGAACUGCGCGCCGAUCUGUUGCGGCUUCGGUUCCAGGCGAUGGAGUGUUUCCUAGCGGGCGUGAGACCAAAAUCUGAUGCUUGGUCGACGGAGGCCAUCGAGCGGUUUGAAAACCUUGUCCAUGUCGCGAGAUGGCAGCCUCUCCUGUCCAAGACGUGCACGUACAAGAAGACUGCCACCGCCGAUGGAGAGAAAGAGAGGGAGAUACCCGGCAUCAAACUAUACGACAAUACUGAGGAAGGAGAAAUCGACAUCGGCGCUACGUUGCUGAUGGAAGGUCUUGCCUACGCAGACUUAGGCGACAAACCCUCGGCGGACCCCAUCCGAAUGCCCUUUGGAGACCUUGGCAACUCAAAGGUACUGGGACUGUUAGACGGAGGCCGCAGCUCCUCCGUGCCCAAGGACCACAAGGACAACCAUGAACAUGACGCCAAUGAUAACCACAAUACUAAAGACGACCGAAUGACUACAUCGAAGUCGCUGGGCUCGGGUCUAGAGAGCGGUGACAAACUGCUAUCAAUCUCUAAUUUUGACUUGUCAUACCCCGACAACUCACUGGCCAAGACUGUCAAUGGAUCCCAACAAAACUUUUUACAAAUGGAAAAACAGAACUUAGAUAAAGAAGGUAACGUAGAAAGAGGUUCUUUGGACACCCUCGUGCCAUCCUCCCCGAUCCUCUCAAAGUCACCCCGCGACGAGUUCAAAGCCAAUAUGAAUAGAAUAGACUCCCACCACAGUAAUUUAGAAUUCUUGGCCAAAGCGCAGCAGGAUAAUAAGUAG